UUCUGCUUAUUCACGAUGACACUGCAGGACUGUGUCCUGACCUGGAAGAAAACGUGUCCAUUAACCGUGAGGAAGUUUAAACUUUAGGUUGACAGACAAACAGACUCGGUUUCCUGCUGCAGCUCUGUUGUUGGUGGUGAGGAUUUUUCAACCUUCUCUGUCAAAUACUUCUAACACUUUUACUUCACGACGUUCAGGUUUCAGGCGUCGACGAGCGUUUGGUUUGUAGCCUUCGGUGGAAACGUUAGCUGUGUUGAACGGAAAAUACAGGAGUCAACAUGGAGAUUUCUUUCAAGGACAAACGAGCUGUGGUCACUGGAGCUGGAAAAGGGAUUGGCAGGGCCACGGCUCUGGCUCUGGCACGCUGUGGGGCAGAGGUCGUGGCGGUCACACGCACACGGGCUGACCUGGACAGCCUAACCCAGGAGUGUGCUUCCAUCAUUCCAGUGUGUGUGGACCUGGCAGACUGGGGGGCCACAGAGGGGGCCCUGCAGAACAUUGGCCCUGUUCAUCUACUGGUGAACAACGCCGCCUGUGCAAACCUGCAGUCGUUUCUUGAUGUCACAUCUGACAACUUUGACCAGUCGUUUAAUGUGAAUGUGAAAGCUGUGCUUCACGUGUCACAGAUCGUGGCUCGUGGUAUGAAGGCCCGAGGAUCAGGGGGUUCCAUCGUGAACGUGUCCAGCCAGGCGUCCCAGUGUGCGCUCAGAGAUCACACUGUGUACUGUGCCACAAAAGCAGCCCUGGACAUGUUGACUAAAGUGAUGGCCCUGGAGCUGGGACCGUUCCAGAUCCGUGUGAACAGCGUGAACCCCACAGUGGUGAUGACUGAGAUGGGUCGUAAAGGCUGGAGUGACCCUGAAAAAGCCAAGGCCAUGACCAGCCGCAUCCCCCUGGGUCGCUUUGCAGAGGUGGAGGAUGUGGUGAACAGC